AAUAGGUCCGAGUUUGGGACGGUUGCCACUUCAAGUUCUUGGGUUCAUUGAUCAGUUACUUUGUCUUUUCAAAGACACCGAUAUGGCUUUUCAGUGUCAGAGGGACUGUUACAUGCAGGAGUACUCUACUUCUGUGGUGUCCUGUGCGGAAGCAGAGCUGCAGCUCGAGAACAAUGGAAAGAAAGAGAAAGUAAAGGGCUAUAAUAUCAAGCUGAAAGACACCAUUCUCUUUCCCGAAGGAGGGGGUCAGCCUGAUGACCGGGGGACCAUCGGGGGUGUGUCUGUGCUGCGUGUCCUCAGACAGGGCCCUGAUGCGGUCCACUUCGUGGGCUCCGCCCUGCAGGAGGGCCAGGAGGUGCAGCUGAAGGUGGACUGGGAGCGGAGGUUUGACCACAUGCAGCAGCACUCAGGACAACAUCUUGUCACAGCGGUGGCAGAAUCCAUGUUUGGAUAUAAAACCACAUCAUGGGAACUGGGGAGACAGCGCAGCGUUAUAGAGCUGGACACUCCGUCGGUGAAACCAGGAGAAAUGGAGGCUCUGGAGGCCGCUGUCAACCAGAAGAUCCGAGACCGCGUCCCCGUCACCGUGCAGCUGCUCGCCAUAGACGACCCCGCCGUGGAAAAGGUGAGGAGUCGCGGUCUCCCAGUCGACGCUGCUGGACCAAUCAGGAUCAUCGACAUUGAGGGUGUGGAUGCGAACAUGUGCUGUGGAACCCACGUGUCCAACCUCAGUGACCUACAGAUGAUUAAGAUUCUGGGAACAGACAAAGGGAAGAAGAACAAGACCAACUUAAUUUUCUUGGCUGGGAAUCGGGUCCUGAAGUAUGCAGACAGAUGCUACAGUACAGAGAAAUCACUGAUUGGCCUUUUAAAGACAGGGCCUGAGGACCAUGUGGAAGCAGUGGACAAAGUCCAGAAGACGGUGAAACGCCUGCAGAAGAGCAACCUCACGCUGCUUAGAGAAAUGGCGGUACUCAUUGCGCAAAAUUUCAAGAACAGUCCAGAAAAAGGCAACUUCUUCACUUUACACAAUAAAGAUGGAGACAAUGAGUUCAUGAACACCAUUGCCAAUGAAAUUGGCUUUGAGCACACCACCGUCUUCCUGACAGUGGGGGAGGAGAAAGGUGCCGGAAUGUUCCUUUUAGCCGGCCCCACCGCUACCAUCGACACCUUGGGGAAACGAGUGCUGGAGCUCCUCCAGGGGAAGGGGGCCGGGAAGAACGGGCGGCUGCAGGGGAAGGCCGGGACCCUGGCCAAGAGGGCCGACGUGGAGACCCUGCUGCGGGAGCACUGCAGCCAGGGGAAGACCACCGGGGAGGAGUAGAGGAGGAGGGGAGCACGGAGCAUCGGUGGUGGAGGAGAAGAAAAGAGGGAUGAGAAGAAGAAGUAGAAAAGAGAGAGGAGUUGCGGAGGAGGGGUGAAUUUAAAAAAUAAAAAAAAAACGACAUGGAGGAGAGAGGAGGACGAGCAGCUGGGUUUAACAGCUGUUUCUCUUGCGAUCACUCCGACAGACAGAUGGAUGCAGACAGGUGACCGUGGGAACCACAAUUAUCCUCAGGAAAAAAUUAAACAAAAGCAAAACUUGUCUUCAUGACUGAAGGCACACACAUUUUUUUAGAUCGAAGUGCACAAUGUUGAUCAUCUGUCCAAUGUGUGUGUAUGACUGAACGUGUCUGAACAUAUUAGGAAUCUGCUAAAACUGUAUUUUUUAUGUAACAAUAUGUACCUCAUGAUGUGUUAAAUUGUAUAUAGCAGAUAUUAAAACCUGCCUGAGUAUGAA